AUGAUCGGAAUAACGAUCAUCACAGGAUUCUUAGGGGCAGGGAAAACUACCCUCCUUAAAAAUUUACUUAAAGAUAGUUUAAAAAAUAAAUUAAAGAUUGCAAUAAUACAUAAUGAGUUUACAGAAAAUAAUAAUAACAUUGAUAAAAUAGUUUUCAAGGAUAUAAAUGAUAUAUAUAAUUUUCCAAAAUCAUUCGAAAGCGAAAAAAAACCAACUGAUGUAGAUGAUAAAAUUGAAACUUUAGAAAUUGUAAACAAAAUUGAAAACAAAGAUGGCUUUAUAUACGAAUUAAAUAACGGUUGUUUAUGUUGUUCCAAUAAAAGCAAUUUUGUAAAAUUAAUAGAAAUGAUUUUAGAAAAAAAAACAGUAUAUGAUUUUAUUUUUGUCGAAGUCUCUGGAAUUUAUGAUAAUGUAGAAAUAAAUAACUUAUUAUGGAUAGAUAAAUUAAAUAAAUCGAAAAUAUAUUUGGAUAGUAUAAUUCACAUAAUUGAUUCUUACAAUUUCAUGAGAUAUACUAACAACAAUAUAACAUAUUAUGACCAUUUAAAGGGGAACUCCGCAAAUGUAAAUCAUGGCGACCCAAAUGAGGAACAUACAUAUAUUAGCAACAAAUUAGAACCGAUUAAAGAGGAUGGUAUAGAGAAUUCUGAUUGCAAACAACUAAUUGUGUGUGAUGUUAUUAUAAUAAAUAAAAUAGACAAAAUAAAUGAUAAAGAAAAAGAAGAUAUAAAAAAGUUUGUUGAAAAUAUAAAUCCAUUAAGUGUAAUACACAUGACAAGCUAUUCAAAUGUUCCAAUUGAAUUAAUAACAAAUUUAAAAUGUUAUGAACAAAAUAAUUUUAAAGGUGCUUUAGUAAACAUUGAUAAUAAUAACUCAAAUAUAAAACAUAAAAAUGGUGUAUAUCACUAUAACAAUUUUAUAAAUUUUUCAAUUCAGUUUCAACAUGAUAUAUCUUAUUUAAUUUAUUUAAGCAAAAAUUUAAAUGACUUAAAACAAAAGUUUAUAAAUACAAAAGAUUCUGAUAUUUUAAAAAAUAUAAUUUCUUUAAAAAAAAAAAAUAUUUUUUCCUACAAAAAAAUUAAUAAUUUAUUAGCAUCACUUUUGUGGAAUACGGAAAUGAAUAUUUAUAGAGGGAAAGGAAUAUUUAUCGCAUUUAAUGAUGAUAUAUAUACAAAUAAAAAUAAACUUAAAUUAAAUAUUUAUUAUUAUCAAAGUGUUGGAGAGUUAUACGAAAUAAAUACUGUCAUGACAGAUAUUCAUCAUUUUUUUCAGAAUUAUUUUGACAAUUUACAAAAAAAAAAUACUCACUCAAACUGUACUUCAUCAUUUGAUGCUGCGCAUGAUAAAGAAAGGGGAGUAAUAAAUAAAGAAAGGGGAGUAAUAAAUAAAGAAAACGGUGUGAUAAAUAAAGAAAACGGUGUAAGUAGUAAAGAAAAUGAAGUAUGUGACGAAUCCGGUGUAUGCACUUCAGAACAUUCGGUAGAUGUCGAGGAUUAUCUGUCUUGCGAUUCAUCUGACACUAAUGAUUCUGAAUAUAACAUAUUUAACAUUUUGAACGAUUCCAACAUUUUUGAGUCAAAUUUUUUAUUUAUAGGUAAAGACAUAAAUAUAGAAAAUUUAAAAAUCCAAUUAAAUGAAUGUCUUAUUAAUAAUUAA